CCUCACGCGGAGAUGGGGAGAGAAGUUUGCCUGCGGCGCAGUCCACUGAACACUUACCGUGUUUCAUUUGGGGAACAGCAACAAGAAAGAGCCUCCGGAGAAGCUUUCCAGGGAAUGCUGAGGAAUAUCUGACAGCACAGAAAAACCCUCUCACCGCUGACUUUUUCCUCUUUUAAAAAAUACAAAUCUUUACUUAACAUUGAUGUCGCCAAAGUAAGUGGGAAGCUCGGGUCAGUAGGACAGCGGCCGCACGCGGACUGUUGUCUGUCGGAGGGUGCUUUUUAAAUUUGGGUCCGAAAUAGAAACGAAGAAGAAGACAGUCCGAGAGAAAGUGAUACAAGAGUCCGACUCAGAAUGAAUAACAACAAAAUCGAGAAAGAAAACGAGCAGAGUGAAUUUACCAACCACGAAGAGGAGGUCCGAACGCUAUUUGUCAGUGGACUACCACUGGAUAUUAAGCCGCGGGAGCUCUAUCUCCUGUUCAGACCAUUUAAGGGCUAUGAAGGCUCCUUGAUAAAACUCACUUCUAAACAGCCGGUGGGGUUUGUCAGCUUUGACAGUCGAUCAGAGGCGGAGGCUGCUAAGAAUGCCUUGAACGGGGUGCGGUUUGAUCCAGAGAUCCCCCAGACCCUGCGGCUGGAGUUCGCCAAGGCCAACACCAAGAUGGCCAAGAACAAGCUGGUCGGCACCCCUAACCCCCCUCCCUCCCAGCAGAGCCCGGGGCCACAGUUCAUUAGCAGAGACCCAUAUGAGCUCACAGUGCCUGCUCUAUAUCCCAGCAGCCCAGAUGUGUGGGCGUCAUACCCGCUGUACCCGGCGGAGCUGUCGCCGGCCCUCCCACCCGCUUUCACCUACCCUUCCUCGCUCCACGCUCAGAUCCGCUGGCUCCCACCUGCAGAUGGAACUCCUCAGGGAUGGAAGUCCAGGCAGUUCUGCUGAAGUAUGUGUUCCUGAUGUGUGAUGGUGGCCGUGGCCGGCUGUGACGGGCGUUGCUGAUUGCCUCUCGUGUCCAAUUAGAAACCAGGAGGACUGACCUGACUCCGGCUCACGGAGCAGCGUACCGUCGGCAUCAGCAGCCUCAUGGGCCUCAGGACAUACUAGACCCCAGCCUCCAUCACACAUCGAGACCCCCCCUCCACCCUCCCCAAAGUCCUUCCAACUCUUUUUAUACUGUUACAUACUCGAGAUUUACCGGCAGCGCUAUAGCUACAUCUCCUCUGACACCUCCGUGAAAGGUACCAGGCGUGCACAACAAAGGCGCACACACCCUUUGUUUACCAGUUGACUGCAUCGCCUGUCAAACGUUCUCUCUUGCUGUGCAUUCUGUAUAUGCAAGUGUAAAAACGACCGCCCGUCAAAGGAGUGCAAACACAUUUUAUGCAGCCACUUUGCAAGGCCGGACGAACAGAAGUGUGGCUAAAGCGCUGCCGGGUAAUGUUAUUAUAUGACUAUAAUUAUUACUAUUCUGUAUAUCAUUCAUAUUAAUGUUAUUAUGAUUAUUAAAUACAUGUUGAAGCAUGACUUUGCAAAAAAAAAGAAGAAAAAAAACAAUGCUGUACAUUUUUAGAUAUUUUAAAGAAAUACAAAAAAGUAUUUUUGUAAUCAAGAUUUGAAAUGUUUGAUUGGUUCAUGUUGUGCUAAAGUGUGUGAGGAACUUUCAUACUUUUUUUUUUUUUGCCCUCCCUGUUUGGUGCCAUUAUGAAAUGGUGAGUCGCCCUGCUAUACCAAAGCAGUCCUGUGGGUUUGCUGGCGUCUUUUCUACAUGCUGUGUGGAUAUAAGUUUGCUCAUGUGUCAAGUCCUUUGUCUGAUGUGCUGAGCAGUCAGCGUAGACUCCGAGUGAGGGAAACACACCUGAUCGAGCUCAUAAUUUUGCAGUUUGAGGUAAUCAGAUGUGUUAAAAGACGCACUGACAGGAUAAGGCGUCACUGGUGAAGGUAAAGUGACCCCAAAGGCUGCACCACAUGGCAAACUGAGCCCUGCUAUAAUAAUGUGCUCCUUCAUUGUGUAGCAGGAGGACAGCAGCGCAGUAUACAGAAACAAAAGACCAAAGCAUUUUAUUUUUUACACUGGAGAGCUAUCUAGGCUAGUGGAAUUAUUCCAUUUUUGACUGCUUUGUAGUCCUCAGUCUGAUUUCUUAUGAAGUAUGACAUUAUUUUUGCUGCAUGUCUCUUUUGGUGUCACUCCAAAGAGCCACUCUGCAUCUGAAAGGAUAUUCACUUAAAGCAAUUUGUCUCUUUUGUCUAUUUUUAGGGAGCCAACUUGAUUCAACCUGCUUUUGUAAUUUACAUAGUGAUGAUUGGAGUGUUUAAAAAGAAAAUCUUUUGUAAUCUUUGUGUAUUCUGGGCCUGCAAUAACGUCUUUGCCGUUUGACAUAUCAUCGAGUGAUCAUAUUUCUGUGACAUUUUUGACGCCAAAAUCCUCAUUCAUGUCGCAUUCUCACAAAAACAAAACAGCGGUUCUUGUACUUUGUUGACGGGGCCGAGUCACAUUUCAGUGAUGAGACGAUCAGAAAAGUGAAAUACUGCAAGAAAAACAAUCCUCCCUGUAAUGUUUAGCCCAGGUGUGUACAAUCAUAUCGGAGUGCUUGAGUCAUAUAGUCAGUGUUUGUAAUGAAUAAUAAUAAUAUGCACAUAAUGCCGACUGAUUUUCUGGAGCAGUUUUUGCUUUUACAGACAUUUUUUAAAGCCAAGUGUGGCACCAAAUUUAUUAGAACAAGUAUUUAUAAGGUGUGUGUGCGUGUGUGUGUGUUUUUAUGGGUAUUAUGUUUUUAAAGUUCAUAGAAGAUGCCCAUCAUAUAAUUCAUUGUAAGUAUUAUUGUAAGUUUAAUUGUAUAUUCAUUUGGUAAUUUUCUAGAGCUUCUUUUUUUUGUGUUUGUAUCUGAUAUAUGAAAACUGUUUUACCUGCAUAAUUCACUGUGAAAUCCAGAGAAAAACUUUGAACGAAUGGAUCUUUUUGUGUGUUGCCAGCAGUACGGUACAGAAGUUUCUGGAAAUGAAUAUGAUGAUCCCCCCCUUCCCUCUUUGUCAAUGAGAACUAUUCCUUUCUCGUUUCAGUAUACCAUGUGCGUACCUGUGUGUUCUGUGCAUGUUCACGGCAUGUGUGUGUUCUUCUUUUCUUUUUCUUAAUGCAUACAGUACUGUUGAUAUUUAUGUACUUUAGCCGCUGUAAGGAGAAACUGUAUUUCAGUGAAUUGCAGAGGUUUGUUUGUUUGAAACCAAAAAAAAAAGGUGAUCAAAAUGAGUUUUUAUGAAAAUGUUAAAUGAAGACAUUUCAGGCCGUCCGCCAUUAAAGAUUGACGUCA